CAGGGCAAAGUUUAUGAAACGCAUCAUUUUAGGAAGCAACGUGGGACUAAAAGUAGAAGAUCAUAUGUUGUUUUUGACUUAAAGAACCGCACACUUUUCGACGUUGCACAUUAUGCUGAUUUAGUUGUUGUUGUUUUUUUAUUUUUUUAAGAAAAUAAAGUAAGAUAUAGUUAAAGUGGUGUUCCCGGUUUUUCUAAAGCAUAACCAACAUGGAGCAAAAUUCGCUGGAUUUUCACGAAGACGAAGAAAUAAUUGAAGUCAUCGACCUUGAUGACAUUGAAGCAAGUCCAGAUGACUUGGCUGACGACUUGGAAGAUGUGGACUUUGAGGAGGCUUCUAUUGCAGACGACGACCAGGGCUGGGAGACGGAGGACGAGAUGGAGGCGGAUCAGGAUGACAGCGAGAUGACUUUCUCCAAGCACAGCGGCUCCGUGUUUUGCGUGAGCUUAGACCCGGCCACCAACAGCUUGGCAGUGACGGGAGGAGAGGACGACAAGGCGUACGUGUGGAGGGUGAGCGAUGGCGAAGUGCUGUUUGAGUGCACAGGACACAAGGACUCUGUCACAUGCGCCGUGUUCAGUCAUGACUCGUCUCUCGUGGCUUCGGGAGACAUGAGCGGAGUGAUUAAAGUCUGGAAAGUGGAGACAAAAGAGGAGGUCUGGUCUUUUGAAGUCGGAGAUCUGGAGUGGUUAGAGUGGCAUCCCUGUGCCCCAGUGCUGCUGGCAGGAACAGAUGGCGGCAACAUGUGGAUGUGGAAGAUCCCCAGCGGUGACUGCAAAACCUUUCAGAGUUCUGCUUGCCAAGCCACCACUGGAAAAGUGCUUCCUGAUGGUAAACGUGCGGUGGUGGGUUAUGAGGACGGAACGGUGCGUUUGUGGGAUUUGAAGCAGGGCAACGCUAUCCACGUCAUUAAAGGUCAAGAUGGACACAAGGGGGCGCUGACCUGCCUUGCAUGCAACAAGGACAGCUCUUUAGUACUAACGGGUUCAGUGGAUGGCUUUGCAAAGCUCAUCAACACUGUUACUGGCAAGGUGGUGGGAGUUUUCUCUUUGGAGGGAUGCAAAGCCAAAGGAGCAAGAGGCGAAGAAGAAUCUAACUCUGUUGAAUCUGUGGGAUUCUGUAACAUCCUACCCCUCGUCGCUGUGGCAUACCUGGACGGCACCAUGGGCAUUUACGAUCUCCCCACGCAAGUCCUGCGACAUAGCUGCCAUCACGAGACUGGUAUCGUUCACCUACGGUGGGAGGAGUCUUCUUCAGUGGUGUCCACCAGCAGUUUGGAUGGAGCACUGCGUCAAUGGGACGCUCGCUCCGGCAACAUGUUGUCUGAGUACCGUGGCCAUUCUGCAGAGAUUUUGGACUUCACAAUGAACAGGGAGGCGACGCUGGCAAUCACUGCCUCAGGUGACAACCAGGCCAAAGUCUUCUGCCUCCAAAGACCUGAUCGGUAACGGAAAAAGGACACAAAGGCUUUGUUCACACUGCAGGGUCGACUGUCCAAUUCAGAUUUUUUUGUCAAAUACGAUUUUUUUAUUGACCGUUCACAUUACACAGAAAUAUAAUUUCUAAUGUGAAUGCAAUUUGACCGGCAUGCGAACAUGAUGUCAUGAAGUAGCACGCACUGCAAUGUUUUCGGAAGUAAACAUAGCUUCCACUGGCACAAUUGUGGCCAUUUCAAGGAGUUUGAUUUCUGAACCGAAUUAUUGUGCAUAAAAGAUUAAGAAGGAAGAGGACAAGAAUUUUGUCUCCCGCAGUUUUACAGGAUAUGUCUGCUUGAAGAGCGUGUCUGUGGGCAAGCAGUCAAAGAGAGGAGUGGUAAAACCUUCGCAUUAGUUUCUAAAACCUUUUAUUUUCACCUGUUAUCUGCUUCUUUGUCAACUAUUUAUUUUGUAACCGUCUAUUUUGGCAAAUAACUACGCCGAUUAUCACUUAUUGAUGACGUUCUGGUCGGAUUAAUGCGGCCAGAGCGCUGAAGCGUUCAGAUCACAUGAAAUAAUCUGAUACAGUUUGCAUAUGGGCAAACAAAUUGGAAUUGACCUGCUGUGUGAACAAGACCUAAUAAGUGCAAAAACCUUGGGAAGACAAACUUAAAUUCUCAGGAACGGCAUCUUUUUCCCCUCCUUUUUAAAAAAAUCCGAGCUGCUUUUGUGUGACCAAGAUGCUUGUUGCAUCUUCACUCUGAAUAACCAGACUGAGAUAGUUUAUGUUUAUGUUCAUGUUUGGAAGACAGAAAAAGAUCUUAAAAGAUGUGCUGCGUGUUCUAUUUUUGGGACUAAAAAAAGUUCAACUCAAAAAGCAAUGCAUUAAAAUGUCUUCCCACUCCAGCUUUUAUCUUUUGACCUGCCAACUCAAGUGUAAAUACAACAAUAAAUAAUGAUAAACAUAGUAAAAA